UUCGUCUUUUAACCACAAACAAUACUCACAGCGCAUCACUCUUGCGCUUCAAAAACAACCCACAUCAGCGCCAGCACCAUUCAGCGUCUGUCGCUCGCUCGCCUAACGCUCGGCCGCAUCGCACGUCGUCCCACCCUCGCGUCGCGCCUUCCCUCUUUCCUCCCGCCAAUCUCCGGCCAAUCUAAUACUAUCUCGCGCAUCUCCCCUCCUCUCGCCACCACCACCACCCGCUACUCCACCACCACGAUGGCGCCAGGAAAAUCCUACGAGCUUACCCCUGUCCCCCAGAUCCCAGGGGUCGACUACACCCGCGUCCCCAUCGAGCAGUUCAAGGCCGCCGUCGCCAAGGUCGUCGCCGAGGCAUGGGACGAGACGCCUGAAAAGAUCUUUGCCGGCGUCGACACGGGCAAGAAGGGUGCCGACCUCGCCGUUGCUAUUCCCCGUUUUAAGAAGGGCAAGCCCGACGAGUGGGCCAAGAAGGUCCUCGAUGUGUUCAAGCCCGACAACUACCUCUCCGAGGUCAAGCAGAUGGGCGCUUUCUUGAUGUUCCAGUUCAACCAGGAGUCGUUCACCUACCACAUCCUCCAAACCGUCAACCGCAUGUCCAAGGCGGCUGAGGCCAACCCCGAGGCCAAGACUGAGGCCUACGGUACCACCGACGAGGCCAAGGGCAAGCACCUCCUCGUCGACUUCUCGUCGCCCAACAUUGCCAAGCCCUUCCACGCUGGCCACCUCCGUUCGACCAUUAUCGGCGCUGUUAUCUGCAACCUGCACGAGACUCAGGGCUGGAAGGUCACCCGCCUCAACUACCUCGGUGACUGGGGAACCCAGUACGGUCUCCUGUCCAUUGGUUUCGACAAGUACGGAGACGAGGCCAAGCUCCUCGCCGAUCCCAUCCACCACCUGUUCGAGGUCUACGUUGCCAUCAACAAGGACAAUGACGCUGAGAAGGCCCGCUUCAACGCCGGCGAGAAGGUUGACGCCGACAACACCAUCCACGCCCAGGCCAAGCGUGUCUUCAAGGCCAUGGAGGACGGUGACCCCAAGGCUCUUGCCCAGUGGAGCCGCUUCCGUGAGCUGUCGAUUGACAAGCUCAAGGAGACGUACGCCACCCUCAACGUCCACUUUGACGUCUACUGGGGCGAGUCGAUGGUUUCGCCCGAGUCGAUGCAGCGUGCCAUCAAGAUCUGCGAGGAGAAGGGCCUCACCUGCGAGGACCGCGGUGCGCUCCUUGUCGACUUGACAAAGUUCAAGAUGGACAAGGCUAUUAUCCGCAAGGCCGACGGCACUACCAUCUACCUCACCCGUGAUCUCGGAGGCGCGUACGACAAGUACCGCGACUACAAGUUCGACCACCACAUCAUCAUCACUGCCAAGCAGCAGGAGUUCCACUUCAAGCAGCUCAACAAGACGCUCGAGCUCAUGGGCGAGGAGACUGCUGGCAAGAUUGAGCACAUCACCUUUGGCAUGGUCCACGGCAUGUCGACCCGUAAGGGUACCGUCGUCUUCCUGUCCGACAUUCUGUCCGACGCCAAGGACGCCAUGCACGAGCAGAUGAAGAGCAACGAGCAGAAGUACGCCCAGGUCGAGGACCCCGAGGGAACCUCGGCCAUCAUUGGCUCGACUGCCGUCAAGAUUCAAGACAUGACCGGCAAGCGUGGUGGCGACUACACCUUUGACAUCAAGCGUUGCACGUCGUUUGAGGGCGACUUUGGACCUUUCAUCCAGUACUCGCACGUUCGUCUCUGCUCGGUUCAGCGCAAGAACCCCAAUGUCCACGUUGUCGACUCUGCCGACGAGAUUAACGUUUCCAUCCUCAACGACCCCAAGAUUGCCGAGAUCAUCUACCACCUUGCCCUGUACCCCGAGGCCGUCAAGAACGCGCUCAAGUUCCGUGAGCCUUCGACGAUUGUUGGCUGGUGCUUCCGUCUGUCCCACCUCGUCGGUUCGGCCUGGGAGACCAUCAAGGUCUCUGGUGCCUCCGAGGCCGAGGCACAGGCACGCCUGUUCCUCUUCAUCCAGAUCCGCUCUGUCCUCAACUCGGCCAUGAAGAUCCUCUCGCUCACCCCCAUUGAGCGCAUGUAAUUUGUAGGCGGUGCAAUAUGCAUAGACAUGACAUUCCA